AUGUCGAAGCAAGGUAUGGUGCUAUAUCAAAGGAAGUAUGUCAAAGAGAUACUAAAGAGAUUUAGAAUGGAUAAUUCGAAUCUUACAUCCUCACUUGUAAAAAAAAACUUAAAGUUGGAGAAGCAUGGAGAGGAAGACAAAGUUGAUGUAACUUUGUUCAAGAAAAUUGUGGGAUAUCUGAGGUAUAUGUGCAAAAGUCGACCUGAUAUAGGUUUUGCUGUCGGAGUAGUGAGCAGAUACAUGAGUGAACCAAGAGUGUCACACAUGAAGGCUGCAAGAAGAAUUCUAAGAUACUUAAAAGGAUCGAUAGAGUAUGGAAUUCUAUUUCGACGAAAUUAUGAAGACAAAGAAGCAAUAAUAACUUGUUUUUCAGAUGCUGAUUGGUGUGGAGAUAAGGAAGAUCGAAGAUGCACAACUGAUGAAUAUUUCUUUCAAGUAUUUGGUGCUUCAAUUUGA